AUGCCAGCCCCUGAGCAGACCCCGAUGGUGGAGGAGGGUCUGCCGCAGACAACACGGGAAACUGCCACAGGCCCCGGCAUGGAGCCAGAGGCGACCGCCACCACCAUCCUGGCUUCUGUGAAGGAACAGGAGCUGCAGUUUCAAAGGCUUACCAGAGAGCUGGAAGUGGAAAGGCAGAUUGUGGCUAAUCAGCUAGAGAGAUGUAGGCUGGGAGCAGAGUCACCAAGUGUCGCCAGCACAAGCUCUACUGAGAAAUCAUUUCCUUGGAGAUCAUCAGAGCCUCCGACCGCCAGCGUGAGCAAACCCCGAGCGCCAGAGAGCGUCCAUGCCAAUGCCUAUGACGUUAGGACAGAGCCAGACCAAGGGAACCUCUACUCGCCCGAGCAGACAUCUCUCCAUGAAAGUGAGGGGUCUGUAGGUAACUCCAGAAGUUCCACACAAAUGAAUUCUUAUUCUGACAGUGGUUACCAGGAAGUCAGCAGUUUCCAUAACAGCCAAAACGUGAGCAAGUCAGAAAGCAGACAGCAGCACUCCCUUAUUGGUACCACCAAUAACCACUUGGUGAGGAGCUCGCGAGCCGAAGGGCAGACAUCAGUCCAGCCCUCAGUAAACACUGCUACCAACAGAGUCAUGAGGCGAGUCAGUUCAGUCCCAUCCAGAGCCCAGUCUCCCUCGUACAUGGUCAGCACAGGCGUCUCCCCUUCGAGGGGGUCGCUGCGAGCGUCUCUGGGCAGUGGCUAUGGUUCUCCAUCGGUCACCGAGCAGAGGUCCCUGGCUUCCCACGCGUACUCAUCCACCACUCUGCCAGCGCAGCGGGCAGCGUCCCCGUACGCUGCGCAGAGACCCGUCUCGCCCACGGCGGUGCGGCGCAUCGGCUCGGUCACCUCCCGGCAGACGGCAAAUCCCAACGGCGGGACCUCCCAGUACCAAGCUUCGGUCAGAGUGGGCUCUCCCCUGGCCCUUGCUGACGUGCAGACCAGAGUAGCUUCUCCAUCCCAAACUCAGCUGGGGUCUUCUUCCCCGAAGCGCUCUGGCAUGGCCGCGGUUCCACAGCAUUUGGGGUCGACGCUGCAAAGAACCAUUCACGACAUCGAGCAGUACGGGCAGCAGUAUGAAAUAUAUGAGAGGAUGAUCCCUCCGCGUCCAGAUAGCCUUACAGGCCUGAGGAGCUCGUACGCGAGCCAGCACAGCCAGCUGGGGCAGGAAUUGCGAUCCGCUGUGUCCCCGGACUUGCACAUCACCCCCAUCUACGAGGGCAGGACGUACUACAGCCCGGUGUACCGCAGCCCCAGCCACGGCGCCGUGGAGCUGCACCAGGGCUCGCAGGCCGCGCUGUAUCGCACGGGCUCAGGAGUCGGAAAUCUGCAAAGAUCAUCCAGUCAGCGUAGCACACUCACAUACCAAAGAAAUAAUUAUGCUCUGAACACAACAGCUACCUAUGCGGAACCCUACAGGUCGGUGCAGUAUCGGCUGUCAGAGGCCACUUACAGCAGGCUGCCGCACGCGACGCCCAACGACGACGGCACCACGCGCUCGCCGUCCAUUGACAGCAUCCAGAAGGACCCCAGGCAAUUUGCCUGGCGCGACCCGGAGCUGCCCGAGGUCAUCCACAUGCUGCAGCACCAGUUCCCGUCGGUGCAGGCAAACGCAGCCGCGUACCUGCAGCACCUCUGCUUCGGGGAUAACAAGGUGAAGACAGAGGUGUGCCGGUUGGGGGGCAUCAAGCACCUGGUGGAUCUGCUGGACCACAGGGCCCUGGAGGUGCAGAAGAACGCGUGUGGCGCCCUGAGAAACCUCGUGUACGGGAAGUCCACCGACGAGAACAAGAUAGCCAUGAAGAACGUGGGUGGGAUCCCUGCCCUCCUGCGGCUGCUGAGGAAGUCUGUGGAUGCUGAGAUCAAGGAGCUCGUGACAGGGGUGCUGUGGAACCUGUCGUCGUGCGACGCGGUGAAGAUGACCAUCAUCAGGGACGCGCUGGCGCCGCUCACCAGCGCGGUGGUGGUGCCGCACUCGGGCUGGAACAGCUCCUCCUUCGACGAUGACCAUAAAAUGAAGUUUCAGACCUCCCUGGUCCUGCGCAACACCACGGGCUGCCUGAGGAAUCUGAGCUCGGCGGGCGAAGAGGCUCGGAAGCAGAUGCGGACGUGCGAAGGGCUGGUUGAUUCCCUGCUCUACGUCAUCCACACGUGUGUGAACACGUCAGACUACGACAGCAAGACAGUGGAGAACUGCGUGUGCACCCUGAGGAACCUCUCGUACCGCCUGGAGCUGGAGGUGCCCCAGGCCCGGCUGCUGGGGAUCAACGAGCUGGACGACUUGCUGGGGAAGGAGUCGCCCAGCAAGGACGCAGAGCCGAGCUGCUGGGGCAAGAAGAAGAAGAAGAAAAAAAAAACGUCUCAGGAGGACCAGUGGGAUGGCGUGGGCCCUAUACCGGGAUUUUCCAAGUCUCCCAAAGGGGUGGAGAUGCUGUGGCACCCGUCUGUGGUGAAGCCGUACCUGACGCUCCUGGCCGAGAGCUCCAACCCGGCCACGCUGGAGGGCUCCGCGGGGUCGCUCCAGAACCUUUCUGCGGGCAACUGGAAGUUCGCAGCGUACAUUCGAGCUGCAGUGAGGAAAGAGAAGGGGCUGCCGAUCCUGGUGGAGCUGCUGCGGAUGGACAACGACCGGGUGGUGUCCUCGGUGGCCACGGCGCUGAGGAACAUGGCCUUGGACGUGCGCAACAAGGAGCUCAUCGGUAAAUACGCGAUGCGAGAUCUGGUUAACCGGCUUCCCGGGGGCAACGGCCCAAGCGUUUUGUCUGACGAGACAGUGGCAGCGAUCUGCUGCGCCCUGCACGAGGUCACCAGCAAGAACAUGGAGAACGCCAAGGCCCUGGCCGACACCGGCGGCAUCGAGAAGCUGGUGAACAUCACCAAAGGGAGAGGUGACAGGUCCUCGCUGAAGGUCGUCAAGGCGGCCGCCCAGGUGCUGAAUACGCUGUGGCAGUACCGAGAUCUGCGCAGCAUUUACAAAAAGGAUGGAUGGAAUCAAAGUCAUUUUAUUACACCAGUAUCAACGCUAGAGCGAGAGAGAUUCAAAUCCCAUCCUUCUCUAUCAACAACGAAUCAGCAGAUGUCACCCGUCAUCCAGUCAGUUGGCAGCACGUCCUCGUCCCCGGCUCUAUUGGGAAUUAGAGAACCCCGCUCCGAGUACGAUCGAACGCAACCUUCUAUGCAGUAUUACAAUAACCAAGGCGAUGUCAUUACACAUAAAGACAUAUACACUGGUUCCAGCAAGCCCUCCCCAAUCUACAUCAGCUCCUACUCCUCACCAGCACGGGAACAGAGCCGGCGGUUGCAGCAUCAGCAGUUGUACUACAGCCAGGAAGACACCACCAGGAAGAACUACGACGCCUACAGGUUGUACUUGCAGUCCCCACACAGCUACGAAGAUCCCUACUUCGAUGACCGAGUUCACUUUCCUGCCACUGCAGACUACACCGCGCCGUACGGACUGAAAUCAGCCACCAAUUACGUAGACUUUUAUUCCACCAGACGAUCAUCGUACAGAGCAGAACAGUACCCGGGCUCGCCCGACUCCUGGGUGUAG